AGAGCGAAACACGACACCCCGACAGAGGAAGGGGGGGGCAAAGAGAACACGAAGUGAGUGAGUGAGUGGAAAAAGGAAAAAGUCCGUGCCGGAGAAAGAGAGGGACAGAGAAAGAAGCGAGCUGGCUUUGGUUGUUUUGUUCCUUUCAGAAGCGCCGCUGUUUUGACUGUCGGUAAGGGUGAUGAUGAUGUGGAGGAGGAAUCGACCAUGCGACACCGCUGCAACAAGCGGGAUGAAAAUUUAGACUCGUCGCAUUCCGUUGCUCCAGUACCGACCAACGGCUGCACGACUCCUCUAAACUUCGACCUGCGCCAUUCAGUCCCGGGCGACUGGAUUUCCCCCCAGAGGCGCUGGGCAACUUCUCGCACCAGAAGCCCCGUGCUUUUAGAAAACAACAUAACUUCAGCACAAAACUUUUUUCAACCAACACCAAUGUGUCGAGAUAAAACGCAGAAGCUCAUGCGAAGUUUGUUUGUUUUUCUUUUAAACUUCAAAUCCGAGCUCAUGAUCGGGGCAGGUUCUUCCUAAGAAGCCACUUGUGAGAACAACACCGGAGGAAGGAGUGGGGUGUCACUGCUAACUUCGCUAGCUAACUCGGCUAAAGGCUAGCUAACUAAAGCGUAAAGUUACCAGUCGACGGGGAAAGUGACUGAAGCAGCACAUCGAAGACGACAACAAAGAUGAAAACCCCGUCAGACUCGGGGUUUGCCUUCCCGGAUUGGGCCUACAAGCCUGAGUCAAGCCCAGGCUCCAGACAGAUCCAGCUGUGGCACUUCAUCCUGGAACUGCUGAGGAAAGAGGAGUACCACGAGGUCAUCGCCUGGCAGGGAGACUAUGGAGAGUUUGUCAUCAAGGACCCAGAUGAGGUGGCCCGCUUGUGGGGUGCCAGGAAGUGUAAACCGCAGAUGAACUAUGACAAGCUCAGCCGGGCACUAAGAUACUACUACAACAAGAGGAUCCUCCACAAGACCAAAGGGAAGCGGUUCACCUACAAGUUCAACUUCAACAAACUAGUGCUGGUCAACUACCCCUUCAUCGACAUGGGCUCUGGUCGGGGAGUCCCUCAGAGUGCCCCUCCAGUGCCAACCGGAGGCACCCACUUCCGUUUCCCUCCGUCCACACCGUCAGAAGUCCUCUCAUCCAGUGAGGAGCUGCGCAGCCCAGGCAUGUUCAGCAGCGUGGCUCGCCGCAUGGCCCGCGGCUCUGUGAGCGACUGCAGCGAUGGCACCUCCACCAAUUCGGAGCUGGAAGAGGCUGUUGGGGCCGAUGAGCGAGGCGUGGGGCCUGAGAGGGCUUUCAGGGGCCUGCUUCCUCACCGCCUGCCUCACGAUUCUCUCUUCAGGGUCUACGGCGGGGGCCCGAACCCAGCAGGGCUUGUCAGACCUUCCCACAGGGUCCACCCAGAUCCUCUGUCUCCAUUCCCUGUUUCCCCCCUGCCUGGCCCCGGGGGUCUUCUAGCCCCAACUCUGUCCCCAGCCCUGUCCAUGACCCCUACCCCCCACCUGCCCUACACCCCCUCCCCCUCCAUGUCUUCUCCCAUGAUGGGCUCUCACUUCUCCUUCAACCCGGAGGACAUGAAGCACUACCUGCAGGCCCACACCCAGUCCGUCUACAACUACCACCUCAGCCCCCGAGCCUUCCUCCACUACCCCAACAUCAUCAUCCCUCAGCCCCAUCGCCCCACCCUGGAGAAGCCGGCCGCCCACCACCUCCACGGCCCACCCCUGCCGCUCUCUCAUUCGCUUGGCCAGCAGCCGGUAGGUGGUGAGGAGGGUCAGCUGCACCCGUCACCGUUUAAGUUCAAGCUGCAGCCGCCUCCGCUUGGGCGCAAACAGAAGGAUUCUGGGAGCUCAUUGGCUGCUUCUUCUUGCUCCUCUUCAUCCAGCCAGUCCUCCUCAUUCACAGGGUCUGGUCAGAUAUCCAACGCAGGACCUCCUAAGAUCAAGGUGGAGCCCAUAUCAGACAUCGAGUCAGAAGAAGAGGUGGAGGUGACUGACAUAAGUGAGGAAGAUGAGCUCAAUCACAAUGACGAGGACGAUGGAGGUGACCUCUUCCCCCCCACAGCCCGUCACCAUCAUCAUCAGCUCAACAACCAUCACCAAGCUAACGGAAAUGGAAGCAGCCUUUCUGUUCCUCCACAUAGUAACCCUGAUUAUGACCCCGAUGAUGACGAGGUCUUCAAGACUCCUGCCACUCCGCCCAUCGGCAGCGGCAGCCAGGCCUUCCCCCUGAUUGGCCUGAAGAGUGAGCCAGGUCAGGCAGCUCCCAUCAGCCCCAGAGGCACGAGCUGUAUCCCUCUCAAACUCCGCUUCAAGCGCCGCUGGAGCGAAGACCAGAAGAUGGAGGCUGACGGAGAGAGGGACGAGGCGGAAGACAAGAAAGUGAGGGCUGAGGGAGAGGAGAUGGUGGAGAGGAAGAGUGAAGAGGCAGGGAGGAGAGUGGGGGAGGUGGAGAACGGGGGAGGAAGAGGUGUUAUUUUGGGGUUGAUGCUGCCACCGCCUCCCACCCAGCGCAGAGCGAGUUCGGAGCUGCAGAGGGCUACAGCACAGUUGUCUCUGGAAAACACUGGCUGCUGAGCUGCAUGUGCGCGCACACACACACGCACACACACACGCGCACACACACACACACACACACACAGGGGAUCCUCCACGGAUACAAAACACACACCUCUCAGAGUCUUGUCAACAAACGUAAUAGUUUUAUGUAGACCGUAACGCCUUGUGGUUUCUUGCCAGCAGUAGUGGACGUAGCAGGUUUUGGUUUGACACAAGAGUGCGCUUAAAUGAAGACAACUGAAAGGUGAUUAUAUAAACACACUAUAAUGUUGUUCUUCGGCGUAUAUCUGAAUAUGUACAUGUGUCAUAUGUAGGAAAUAGUUUUUUUGUGCAAUAAUUAAAGGAGUUGUCGGGCACUUUUUACUGACCUCACAGCCCCACAAACCCCUUAAGUUACUAAACAUAAAACAACAUAUUUCCCCUACAUAUGUUACAUCAGGUACAUCUCAGGUUUUGUCACUGUUUUUUACUUUAACAAUACUUUUCCUGUGGUCAGUACUGUCAGCAAGCAGCCGCUAGACAUUAUGGCUACUUAUGUAAAACCAUAAAACGCAGAUGUGCCUGUGUAGCCUCUAAUGUACUGCAAGGCAAGACACCUUUGUGCCCCUGGAACCCUAUCAAACAUGAACACAGCAGACAGAGUAUUUUUGCUGUGACUUACAACAUUAAGAAAUAACCAAACUUAGUCUGUAUAUUGACUCUGUCCCAUUUUCAACAGUAGAGCCCUCCAGAGAGGGAGUCUACUCUUAAUAUCUCUUAGAAUUGCACAUUGCCUUUUUAUUGCCUCCUCAAACCCUCAUAGUGCCAGUUAUGCUAUAAGUCUGCCAGGGAUGACCUCACAUCACGCCUGUGCCCAGAUUAUGUUUUUAAUAGGUCUAUUUGUUUAUCUGGUACAGGGAAACGCAUCACAUUCACCUUAAAGAGUACAAAGGCAGCCUGAAUUGUACAGCAGUAGAUGAAUUUCUCACAUCUGGCUCACUUGAAAGUGGUGAGCUCUCCUCUUCACCCCACCCCACCCCCAUCCUUUUGUACUCACCACAACAUACAGACAGAUCUUAAUGUUACUGAAAACACUUUCAACAGCCCUGAUAGAGAUUACAGAAGUGCCUCUCUGUCUGCACCCAUCACCAUGCAGUCGUUUACAAACGGAGGGCAGUGAGAGAAAAAACAGACUUUGCUCUGAUGGAUCUUAAAGACUGAAGAGGGAUUUUUUUAUCUUCAAGAGGUGAUUAGAAAGAACUCUCCAAUCAGUCUUUUCUCGGACACUAUCAGACUGCAUUAGGGCCAAACUGAGUGGUCGCUUCAUCCUCCGCUCAUUCACUACAGUGUAUAAAGACAUGAAAUGAAGGUGGAAUUGUACAUUUUAAGGACAGUCAAAGUAAGCCUGAGCAGGAGAGGAAGAUUUAAAUGAACUGACGUUGACCUCUCAACCUCUGACCUGCCACACGGCAUCUUUAGACGUUUGAUUCCCAGCGAAUGGACGUAGUUUCCCUUGUACAGAAAAAACACCUGGGUGUCGCCUUUUCUGUUGUCACUUGUUGAGGAAAUGAGGAAGCAGCUACCAGCAAGGCUGUAAUUACGGACACACUUGUUUCUGAAUGUGCGCGCGUGUGUGUGCGCCCAAAGCUGGUGUACCAACAUCACGCCUCGAGGAGACAGAUAUUCAUGUUCCUGCUCGACUUCGCACAAUCUUUGAGGGGUUUGGGGGUUUGAGGGCGUUCGUAGUGUUUUCUCCCUCAAACAUACAGAUCAACAUCUCUCUUCUGCAUUCCCCCUUUUUAGUUUUUUUUUUUUUUUCUUAAAGACUGUAUUAUUUCUGUUAAAGGAUGCUUGUGCCUCAUAAGGACGUGGACAGUAUUUUAGGGCAUUUGCAGUGAUCUGAGGACUUUUCUGUAUUUUGGAGAUGAUAGCCGAAUCUGUUUUAUGUGAUGUUUUGAGAAGCGACGAUUGAAGCGAACUGAUUUGUCUAGGAGAGAACGGGAACCAUGUCGUGAAUGUUGAGCAUCAAGGUUAACUCAGGCAAACCUUCACAGAGAUAUAGAGAAAACAACCCUUUUUUUUAAUGAUGUUUUAUUCAUGUAGUUUCAAAAGUAAAAUGACAUGGAGCCCAUUUCAACGAACAAACGAUUCAAAUAAGAUUGUGCCUUUUUUAAACCAACAUGAGUUUUAUCAAGUACCCCCAGCAAAAUGUUUUCACACUCACACAGUACCGCCAUGCCUUCUGUUUUUGUAAAAGAGAGAUACAGAAUAAGUAAAUCUACACAUAUAUAUUUUAUUCAAAUAUAUAUUGAAUUCAAAUAUUAUAUUUCAAUACGGUCAUUUGAUACAAAUCAGGAACAUCCUACUAUUUUUAAUGGUAAAGAUAUGUAUAUAUUCUAAUGGGCAUGUUAUUACCAGUAUAAUUCAGCCUUUGCCUUCUCACCCUUGCCUUCUCUUGACCGCUGAGCUGCAGUGACAAAAGGCCACCAGUGUCAGAGUUUUAUAUUUAUAUUGUUAAAAAAAAAAAACAGUUAUUGUGUAUUCAGGGGACAGAGGGUGUGAUGGGAUGAGGAUAAAUGUUUGAGCAGAAACUUUUAACCAGACCUUCGUCGUGUUUACCUUGUUAGUGUUUGUUUUAACGUCCUUGGGGUAGCAGCCAGGCGGGGUUUACAACCUCAGGACAGAGUCGAGCUCAGUCACACAAAGGUAAAUUUUUUUUUUGUCUUUUUUUUUACAUUUUGCAUGGUAAACCCCGCCCGCCUGCAACUGUUUGACCCCGAGCUGCUUAAAAAAACGUGGAGGCGCAGAUUGUAACGGGGGAGCUGGUAACGGACUCGCGUGUUUAGAGAAGACUGAUUCUGAUUGGACAACACAGAUAUGCAGCAGCUCCGCGUCACCUCGCAAAGCCAGCAGGGCCGCGGCUGCUGAUAUGGCUGGACUUUGGUUUAAGCGUGGACUGUGGACUCGAGCAGCUUUGUGUGAACCAAGUAUAUCUAGGCUGGUCUGAACCCUGCCCUACACAUACACACCAUGUCCUGGUUAGAGUAAGGCUUUACUGUGGCUAGAAUAAAGGGAAACAUGACAUCACACGUGACAUCAGACGCCCCCACAGUCUCACAGGAGUAGGCAAACCAGAGCAACUACACACACUGUUAACGCGCAUGCACACGCACACAUACACACACUCAGAGGAAAUGGCAUCACAAAACUGCUGAGUGGAGUGAGAGGGACUUCCCAUAAUCUGACUCGCUCAUUCUGCUCGGUGUGUGUACUUGCAAUUGUGUGCGUGAAUGUGUGGUUCCUGUGGUUGUGCCCUCCAUCUUAUAUAUAUACACACACACACACACACCUAUUCAACACAGCUUAGAAAAGACUGGCCAGAUAAAGUCUAGAGCUGGGUUAUUUAGUCCCUGUUUCCUUAUCCAGAUUGCCCAACAAGCUCCAGUGUCGUGUGUGUGUCUUACUGGGUAUCUUAAACUUUUAAAGUUGUAAAAUUUGUCUUCACCACGCACAAAACAAAACUCUUACAUCUAUCCUUCUAAUCAGCUUUUUAUCAUCAUUCCUCUUUUUAAACUUUUUUUUGUUGUUUAUGGUCCGUGGAGACUCAAAAAUGCCAGCAAAAAAACGUUUUAGAGAACUUUAAGGACAGAUGUAGCUGUUUACUAUUGUCUGGUGAAGGAAAAUGCAAACACCGAGCUGUACCUGAACUGUUGCACCUGUGCUGCCUUACCUGUCGUGGCUUCAAAAACAAAACACAAGAGCAUAACUGUUUCCCACUGUUUGGUAUUUUCACACCUCAAUGUUGUUCUUAUCAUUUUCUUCUGUACCUUUUCAGACAUAUUACUGUUACUCUUGUAAUUAUUAUAUUAUUAACAUGACUUUUUGAUUACUUUGUACCCUCUUGCCAUGGCCCGGUCUCUUCUCCAUGAAUUUCGUGGUUUUCUGUGAGUUUUUGUUCCAGUUUGCACUCUUUCCCAUGAACUUCAGCUAGUUAGCUUCAGUACGGUCUUUUCCUUCUUUUUUUGAACUCACACUGAUUUUAUAACCAUGCUACCAUGAAAAAGAGGAGGGUCACAUAAUCCCCACAAGAUAUACAGCAGGGGAAGAAACUAUUGUUUUAAUUUUUUUUUGAUGUUGUGUAUAUAUAUUUUUUCCAUUUUGGAGGUUUCUGUAAGAAAAAAAGAGCUUUGUACUGUUUAACCAUUGUAUUAUUUGAAAUGUGUCCCCCUUUCCUCUCCGGUCGCCUCUGUCUCUCCCCUCAUGUCCACCUUGACGGUGAGCUGUCACUCCAGAGGAGAGACUGAGACUUUUGUUAUUAUCAUGGAGAAAACCACCUGUACUUCUGUUUCUCUUCUGUCUGUUCAUCUUCAUUUGUAAUUAAACAAUAAUCAGGGUUCAUUAAAAAAGGUAAAAAUGGA